UACGGGUGGGGAAAAAAUAACGCUUGAUAGCUUGACAGCGCUUGUGCUAGCUUUGAGCUAAUAUUGAUAAGGUCACUUGAAGGCAAAAAGAGGCUGUUGUUGCUUUUUGGGGGGAGCUGCUCUCACUAAUAACAACCAGAACAAGAGUGAAAAGGUAGAUAUUGUCGCUGAAGUCCUGCCAACGCUUGUCAUCUCUCAGAAAACAGCCAGUUUUACCCAAAAAACUUGUGGCGUGGGAGAAGAAACAAGCACAGCUCAGACUGAAUGGCUGAGGGCUCCUCAGAUCCACCCGACCUUAAUCCAAAUGGGACGUCACAUCACAAGCCGAAUCAGCACAAAUCCAGAAGGGGUCGACCCAGACACAACAAUGACAGAAACAUGAGUAGUAACAGAUAUGAUCCUUCUCAACAAUAUGGAUACUUUCAUCAUGGCUAUAAACCCCCCUUUGGCCAUAAUAAUUCACAUUAUGCAGGACCUCAGCAUCCUCCCUAUGAGGGAGAGGAUGGUGCCAGGAGGAGAGGUAGAGGUCGAGGGAGGAGGGAAGGGAAUAGAGGUGUAAAUGGGAAUUCUGGUGGCUCAGGCCCACGGUGGCAAAGACCUGGAUGUGACAGUGGCCACAACAGAGGUAUGGGUGGCUUCCAGUCAGGUGCACAUCCCAUGGAUGGACCUGAUAUGCCAAACUGGCGGAGAGAAGAUGUGGGCAGAAAUUUUGAACAUCCUAAUGAGAGGAGAGAACACAAUGAGAAAGGCACUCACUUAAAGGAGUACAACACUGAAACCAAAGGAGAAAACCACAUAUCAGAAACCAGGGAAAGAACGCAGAGGAGCAGGACUGGUCCGGACUCAGACUCCCAGCGUGACGACCAUCAGAGGAAACACACUGAAACGAAACGACGACAAGGACCAAUCAAACCACCCAAACCACCGGCUCAAGAGGAAACGUGCUCAGAGAGGGGAGCCAGCGGGCAGGAUAACCCAGGCCACGGCAGAUCUUCUCAGAAUCCUGCCUGUAAGGCUGAGAGAGGCUCAGGACGACACACGCCGCUCCAGACCAGAGGGCAGAGACGACCACACCACCAAAACCACAGGCCCGGCCAGAGGAACUGGGACAAGAUUCCAGAGAGCAAGGAGACUCAGACAGGCUGUCUAAUUGAACAGCUGUCCGGGGAGAAGUACGAGUGCAUGGUGUGCUGCGAUGUCAUCCGGGUCAUGGCUCCGGUGUGGAACUGCCAGAGCUGCUUCCACGUCUUCCAUCUGAACUGCAUCAAGAAAUGGGCUCGAUCCCCGGCCUCUCAAGCAGACGAUUCAGCUGAAGGUUGGCGUUGUCCAGCCUGCCAGAAUGUUGCACUGAAACACCCGACUUCCUACACCUGCUUCUGUGGUAAAGUAACGAACCCAGAGUGGCGGCGCAGCGAGAUUCCUCACAGCUGUGGUGACAUGUGUGGGAAGAAGAGGAGCGGGGUGGACUGCAACCACCCCUGUAACAUCUUAUGUCACCCUGGACCUUGUCCACAGUGUCCUGCCUUUGUAACAAAAUCCUGCAUCUGUGGGAAGACCAGUCAACCGAUGCGCUGCGGCCAGGCUACGGUGCUCCAGUGUGACAAAGUGUGUGGUGCUGUACUCAACUGUGCCGACCACACCUGCGCUCAGGUGUGCCACAGCGGAGCGUGUCAGCCGUGCCAGCUGCAGCUUCAGCAGGUCUGCUACUGUGGCGUCACCUCUCGUAAAGUCCUGUGUGGGACAGAUAAAGAUGGAUUUGACGGUUCGGGACAUUUCUCCUGUCAAAAAAUAUGUGGAAAGAUGCUAAACUGUGAAGCUCAUCGGUGCCAGCAGGUGUGCCACCGUGGCCCGUGCCAGCCGUGCCCUCGCUCCCCGAGCCUGGUGAAGACGUGUCCCUGCGGUCAGACCCCGCUCACCAAACUCCUGGAGCUGGGCUACUCUGAACGACAAAGCUGCUCUGAUCCCAUCCCCUCCUGCGGAAAGACGUGCAACAAACCAUUGGCCUGCGGCUCCAGCGACACCAUCCACAUGUGUGAGAAGAUGUGCCACGAGGACAGCUGCGGACCCUGCUCCCUGACCUCUACUGUCAGAUGCAGAUGCGGAUCCAAGACAAAGGAGGUCCCAUGUGCCACAAUCCAAAAAGAAGAUGAGCUCGUCUUCACUUGUGAGAGACGAUGCAACAAGAAACGCUCUUGUGGCCGACACAAGUGUGGCGAGCUGUGUUGCGUGAAUGUGGAGCACAAGUGCCCCCUGAUCUGCGGCUACAAGCUCAACUGCGGCCUCCAUCGCUGCCAAGAGCCGUGUCACCGUGGAAACUGUGAACCCUGCUGGCAGUCCAGUUUCGACGAGCUGACGUGUCACUGCGGGCUCACCGUUUUGUACCCUCCCAUCCCCUGUGGCACGAAGCCACCAGAGUGCAAAAACCUGUGUACUAGAAGACAUGAAUGUGACCAUCCAGUGUUUCACAACUGCCACAGUGAAGAGAAGUGUCCACCUUGCACAUACCUCACUCAGAAAUGGUGCAUGGGAAAGCACGAGCAACGCAGCAACAUCCCAUGUCAUCUGCAAGACAUUUCAUGCGGCCUGACGUGUAAUAAAGAGCUGCCAUGUGAAACACACCGCUGCAGACGAAUCUGUCACCGGGGCGACUGCUUGCCAGAAGGCGGCUGCCGCCAGCCCUGCACGCUGCCUCGUCCAGACUGCGGCCACCCGUGCUCCGCUCCCUGUCAUAAAGGCAGCAGCUGCCCACGCACCACCUGCACUGCCAAGGUAUCUCUGCAGUGUGACUGCGGUCGAAGAAAGGAAACGGUGGUUUGCACAGAGGCAGCCAGUUCUUAUCAGAGGUAUGCAGCCAUCGCCAUGGCCAGUAAACUGUCUGACAUGCAGCUCGGUGACUCUAUGGACAUCGGCCCCUUCCUCUCUAAGAAAGAGCGUAAACAGACCAGGCUUGAAUGCGACCAGGAGUGUGCCACUUUGGAAAGAAACAAGCGCCUGGCGGAGGCUUUACAGAUAGACUCGUCCUCUGACCCCUUCAACGUCCGCUCCACCUCCGUAUACAGCGACAGCCUCAAAGAGGACGCCAGAAAAGACCUGAAAUUUGUCACAGAGGUAGAGGAGGAGAUCAAGAAUCUCGCCGAGCUUGCUAAUAAGGGAAAACAGGCAAAGAGGAGCCACUGCUUCCCUCCCAUGAACAGAGAACACCGGAAGAUCAUCCACGAGCUGGCCGAGGUCUACGGCGUGGAGAGCGUGAGCUACGACAGCGAGCCCAAACGCAACGUCGUCAUCACAGCCCACAAGGGGAAGUCGGUCUGUCCAAAUUCGACGCUGACAUCUUUGAUCGAGCGAGAGACGGCGGCGAGGGCCCCUCCUCCCAUCGCUCAUAUCAAACAGCACAGCAGCAAGGCCGUCAGUGGAAGCUCCUGGUCGAAGAUGGUGAAAGAAGAACCUGUGAUAGAUUAUUUUGAUGUCCAGGACUAAUCAUAAUGAGGCGUAAAAAAAGGAGGAAACCUCAGGAUCUGCGCUCAGAAAUGCAUCAAAAAUGUCUCCAUCUGCCAAAAAAUGAAAGCUGUCUCUGAAAGCUUUUUCAAUAAGAAUUCUUCCAGCCUACUAAUCAAAUAAAAUUGUUUUAGAAUAUCUCUGAUGUGAUUUGCCCUCCGAGAACGCCCACGCUCGCUAAAUCUCAGAGGAGGAAUUAAACAAGUCCUGGGUCAAGUGUUCCCCUUGAAUUUAGAUAUUAAAGUCGAUCCAGACACGCAUAAAUUCUGAAGUUGAAUUGUUUUGAAAAGCUUCUGAGUGAUUUUUUUUUUUUUUUUUUCCUCCUCUUGUUUGCAACCAUUUCCCUCAUUGGAGCCAAUUCAAUAAAAAGUGAAUUCUUCCUUA